AUGGCGGUGCGCCGGCAGCUGCGGGAGCUCUUCCAGGACCCGCAGCUCGGCGGGGCCAUCACUGUGGAGCGGCCGCCGUCCCCCGCGGCUGCCACACGGAUCUUGCGGUCGUCGCCUUCCACCCCGCCUUCCUCGCCGCCGGCCGCGUCGCCUCCGCGGCGGCAAGGGCCGCUGCCGGAGGACUGCGCCGUGUUCCAGUGCCGCGGCUGCUGGGCGGUGCUGGGGGACUCGCUGCACCUGUGCGCGCAGGAGGAGCGGCGGCUCGGCGUCCUCGUCUGCUUCAAAGUCACAAGCGACGUGGCCUGGGAGGAUUCGCUCAUGAUCGGCCUGGAGGGAGCGCUCCUGGGGUGUGCUUACAAUGCAUUAUCCUGUCGGUCAUGUGGCUUGAUCGUGGGCUUCAUUCUUUAUUCCACCUCCAGUGACCUGGCGUAUCUCCGAGGCUGCUUCUGUUUCUUCAAGGACAGCAUCCGCUGUUAUCUCUUAAAAAAACAAAUGAUAAUAGAAGCUUCUAAGGUGAAUUUUCCUGCUGUAACCUUAAAGGAGCAACUGCGGGAACUGAAAGAAAAGCUUGUGGAGGUCCACAUUCGCAUAGAAUUGCUGAUUAAGAAGCUGGAGGAACUGGAACAAAAGAAUAAUGUGGCAGAAGGCAAAGCUCUGCAUCAGAUGCAGUUGGCCUACUGCCAGGAUAUGCAAUAG